AUGGCCUCGACACCCGGCCCGCUCCAGAAGCUCCCCUACGAGCUCCUCCUCGACAUCUGCAAGCUGGUUCAUGUCCGCGACCUCUUCAGCCUCCGCCUCACCUGCAAGUCCAUCUGCCAUGCCACGCACUCCCUCGGCCUCUGGCGCCACCACCACGCCCGCCUUGGCCGCCAGCUACCCGUACAGCCGCUCCCUCAGCGCAUCGACGCAACCCGCGGCCCUCUCGCAGACCCAGAGACAGACGCACGCCUCGCACUAGAAGCCACCCUCUCUCAUGCCAUCGGGAUCGAGCAGCGCUGGUCCACCUACGCCGCCCAGCCGCUCACAUGCUACAAGACCCGUGCCCACAUCGACCGCAUCACCUGCCUCAAGCUCGUCCUCGGGCCACUCGCGCCAACCGCCAGCGGCGGCGGGCACAAACCACACCCGCGCUACCGUCGCAAACGCUGGCUCAUCACGGGCGCAGUAGACGGCUAUGUCCGCGUUUGGGACCUGACUGGUCCGCUGCCUGAUGUCAGGACUGCUACGGCCGCCGGCGGCAGCGAUCCGCCAGGCUCGGCGGCUGGCCACCAGCGCCAGCACAUGGGACCCGCCACGCGGCCCAGCGACGACGACGCAGGCCAGCUCGGCCUGAGCAGGAGCCACAGCAUCAGCAGCACAAGCAGCGGCAUCAGCACCGGCACCGCCACCAGCAGCGCCGCCGCUAGGGACCUGGCCGCUAGCACGCUCGAAUCCACGCUACCGCCCAUCACCCCCUCACAGGCACGCCGGCCCAACAGCGACGCCCGCCGCAGGAAGCUCGACCACCUCGUCGCCGAGGUCGACACCGGCGGCGACGUCACCGCCCUCGACGCUGUCCUCUCGCCCGACGGCAACAGCAUCCACAUCGCCGUCGGCUCCUACUACAGCGCCGCCGGCUGCCUCGUCUACGUCCUCGACCUCACCACAAAACCCACCGUGCUCGACCGUCGGGGCGCCCUCGACCCGCCCCAGUGGUGCGGCACCCAGUGCGUCUCGAUCCUCGACGAUAAGGUCGCCGUCGGAACCUACACUGGCCUGCUCCACAUCUUUGACUGGCGCACCGGCUGGAGGGGCGGCAUCGAGCGCAGCGACCGCAGCUCGACGGCUGCCGUCAAGCUCUUUCCGCAUCACCUGCUUGCCGUCGGCCGACUUGGCGUGGUCGAGCUGUUUCUGCUGCCGAAGGAGCCAGAGACGGAGAGGGCGGCAGACGACGAUGUGCAGGCGCGACCGAACAAUUCGCGUCGCGGCAGCAGCAGCCGUGCCUCUGCUUCGACCUCGAGUCUCCUCAGCCUCGAGGAUCCGCCCAGCACGACGGCCGCACCGCCGACGACGGCGACGACUGCCAGCAUUAGCAGCAGCAGUAGCACCACCUCGAGGACCCUCGAUGCCAGCUCGCAAUCGAGCUUGGAUAGUCAGGUAUCGCAGCAGCAGCAACAGCAGCGCGCUCGGAAUCGUGCUGCGGCCGCAGCUCCCUCGACAGCAGCUUCCGGAACCUCGGCGGCCCUGCGCCGCUAUCCGAUCCUCGAAGGCAACAAGCCGCUCCUGAGCGUAAGCUUUGGCGAGGUGCGCAGCAGCGGCAAGCUGUCGAGCACCGACGGCGGAGAGGUCUGUGCCCCCCUGGCCCUGUUUGCUGUCGAUCUGGGCGGUCUCACUCAUCUCGAGUUUCAAGCAGCGCCGGCGCGACCCGACAGCAGCAGCAGCAGCAGCAGCAGCAGCAGCAGCAGCAGCUCGAAGGGCGACCAAGGAGAGGCGGUCGAGGCGGUCGAGGGAUUCUCGUACGCCUUCCCGCCCUCGAUCGUCAGCCGACAGACGCUGACGGGCGAGAGGCUGAUCGGUGCGGCGGCGGGGGCGAGCGGCCGGCGUGGCGUCCUAAUGACGAGCCUCGGCGGGGUGCCUCCGGCGUGCAGCGUACGAGGAUACUGCAGUCGACGAGGGCAGCAGCGUGCCUCUGCAGCAACGUCCUCGCGCGACGAUGAUUUGCGCGGCAACACCUCCAACGACGACGACCACGACGACGACGAAGGCGACGAUGCGGGGACACGACUGCUUCUGCCACUACGGCCGACGCCCAACGUCUCGCUGCCGCCUGUACGUCCCAGCGCGGCGAUACCGCCGACGGCAGCAGGCCCACUGGGCGGUAUGACCUGGCCCGUUUCCGAUCUGCGCACCACGGCCACGGCCACGGCCACGGCAGCUGUACCGCCGGCGACGACGGCGGCCGGCCACGGGAUGCGGCGGGUGGCGUACGAGGGAAGCCGGGCGGACAUCCUGACUGAAGUGGCGCUCGACGAGGAGAGCGGCCUGGUCUGUCUUGCCACGGCGCGCGGAGUCGUCUGGGUCGCAGACUACGGGCAGGAACCCGCCAGCGACGACGGCAGCGGCAGUCACUAG